GUACAUAACUAAUAGUGAGGGAGGAAGCUGGGGAGAGGCUGGGAAGAGACGCCACCGACCUUAUUAACAAAAGCUCAGUUUUGUCCCUGCGGACCCAGCCAGCAGCAGGGACUGGAGAGCUGCGGCUCUCUGCCAGGGAGGUCGGGCUCCCUGCAAACAGUUGCAGGCAUCCUUUCUCCGUGCCCUUCUCCCAGGGAGUCCUGAGGUUUGGCAACCAGGAAGUUUGCAAAGCCGCAGCAGCUGCAGCCUUGGAGGAGACCAGCAGAGACAGUGGAGUGUGAUUAAAAGAGCACUUGGGAGGCCCAUUAAUCUUGCCGGCGUUGUCAGGAGUGAUCAGCGCGUUUUAUUAAAAGCUCCGGGACUGCCUGAAAGGCCUUCUUGUCUGAGUUUGAAAUGAAAGGGACGUGUUAAGAUCUGGGGGCACGUUGUCGGGACCCCUCGCCCUGCCCCUUGGACUAUGAGCUGACACCCCCAGAGGAAGCCCAGAAACUCGCUUUCGUUGAAGGGAUUUCACUGGUGGACGGAACCGAGCUGGCCCCGGGCGGCAUGCGCUCCUGCAGCCGGGGCGGGCCCAGCGCCCUGCUGCUGCUGCUGCUGCUGCUGCCGCUGCUGCUCCCAGCCUGGGCCGGCCCCACCCUCGUCAGUGUCAACCGCGGGCUCCGGGUGAUGAAGGGCGGCUCCGCCUUCCUGUCUCAAGAUGACCUGAGAUUCACCGUCCCCAAAGAGAAAGAUGCCUGCAAAGUGGAGGUGGUGAUGAAUGAGCCAAUAACCCAGAGGGUUGGGAAACUCACUCCACAGGUCUUUGACUGCCAUUUCCUUCCUAAUGAAGUAAAGUAUACUCACAACGGUUGCCCAAUUCUUGAUGAAGACACAGUGAAGCUUAGACUUUACAGAUUUACUGAGACAGACACCUUCGUGGAAACCUUUAACCUGCGGGUUUAUCUCCUGGAACCAGACUGUAACAUCAUCCGUAUGAGUGACAGUGCCCUGGAGGUGUCUGAAUUCUAUGGCCUGUCCCGAGCCAUUGAUAAGAACCUGCUCAGAUUCGAUUAUGACAGGACGGCUAGCCUGGAGUGUACAGUCAGCCUGGACCCUGUGGGCACUCGGCUGCCAGCCCAUGGCCAGGUGGUUCUGGUGGAGCCUCAGCCGGAAGAACCUCGCGGAGAUCAGCCACACAGUUUUUUCCCCGAGUCUCAGCUGGGAACAGAACUGAAGUGUCCAGGCGGCAGGUGUACCCUGGGACUGAAGACAGUAGGAAGUCUCACGAUGAGCUGCGAGGAGUUCCUGCGGAUGGGGCUUCGAUAUCAACAUCUGAAUCCCCCUUCUCCCGACAUUGAUUAUAUCUCCGUCCGACUGGACCUCACAGACCGCAGGAGUAAAACCGUAUACAAGUCAGAGAGCGCGUGGUUGCCUGUCUAUAUCAGAGCUGGCAUUCCUAAUCAGAGUCCGAGGGCGGCAUUCAUGGCCAUGUUUAUUCUGGAAGUGGAUCAGUUCAUCCUGACCUCUUUGACUACGUCAGUUCUGGACUGUGAGAAGGAUGAGACCCCCAAACCCUUGCUGGUGUUCAACAUUACGAAAGCCCCGCUCCAGGGCUAUGUGACUCACCUGUGGGAUCACACCAGACCGGUGUCCUCAUUCACCUGGAAAGAUCUAAGUGACAUGCAGAUCGCCUAUCAGCCACCAAACAGCAGCCAUUCUGAGAGGAGACAUUAUGAGGUGGAGCUGGAGGUAUAUGACUUCUUCUUUGAAAAGAGCGCACCUAUUUCCAUCCUCAUCUCCAUCAGAACGGCAGAUACAAAUGCCCCGCGAGUGUCCUGGAACACAGGUCUGAAUCUCCUGGAGGGACAGUCUCGGGCCAUCACUUGGGAGCAGUUUCAGAUUGUCGACAAUGAUGGCAUUCAUGAUGUCCAGCUGGUUACUGUGGGUGGCCUGCACCACGGGCAGCUUACCCUAAGAGGGGGCAAGGGGUUUCUCUUCACUGUGGCUGAUCUUCAGGCUGGAGUCGUUCGAUAUCACCAUGACGACAGCGACUCCACCAAAGACUUUGUGGUCUUCAGGAUAUUCGAUGGCCAGCACAGCAUCCGACAUAAGUUUCCCAUCAACAUCUUGCCCAAAGACGACAGUCCCCCGUUCCUCGUAACCAACGUUGUGAUUGAACUGGAGGAGGGGCAGACCCUGCUGAUCCAGGGUUCCAUGCUGAGAGCUUCAGACAUGGACUCCAGUGAUGACUACAUCUUCUUCAAUGUCACAAAACCCCCACAGGCUGGAGACAUCAUGAAGAAGCCAGGGCCAGGACAGAUAGGCUAUCCUGUCCCUGGCUUCCUUCAGAGGGACCUGUUCAAUGGCAUCAUUUACUAUCGUCACUUUGGUGGAGAGAUCUUUGAAGAUUCAUUUGAAUUUGUCCUGGGGGACAGCCAUGAACCUCCGAAUCUCUCAGUGCCACAGGUAGUAACAAUCCAUAUCACUCCGGUGGAUGACCAGCUUCCAAAAGAGGCUCCUGGAGUUUCUCGGCAUUUGGUUGUCAAGGAAACCGAGGUGGCCUACAUAACUAAGAAGCAUCUACAUUUUGUAGAUCUGGAAUCACAUGACAGGGAGCUGCUCUACACAAUUACAACGCCUCCAUUUUUCCCCUUCAGCCACAGACACCUGGAUGCUGGAAAAUUAUUUAUGGUGGACAGCAUACCAAAGCUCAUCAAAAAUCCUGCAGCUCCUGGGUUGAAGUCAUUCAGUCAGCACGCUGUGAACUAUAUGAAAGUUGCCUACAUGCCUCCCACGCAAGACAUAGGCCCCCGUCCCCGACACGCCCAGGUUGCCUUUUCCGUCAGUAACCAGCGCGGCGGCGCUUUGUACGGCAUCUGCUUUAACAUCACGAUCCUCCCGGUGGACAAUCAGGCCCCUGAGGUAUUUACCAACCCUCUAAGAGUGGCUGAGGGAGGUCAGUGUGUCAUCAGCACAGAGCACGUCCUGGUUUCCGACGUGGACACCAAACUGGACAACAUUCGCCUCUCCCUGCAGAGACAGCCUCGGCAUGGAAGGGUGGAACUGAAUGGACUUCCUCUAAACACAGGGGCCACAUUUUCUUGGGGAGAUCUCCAUGCCUUAAAAGUUAGGUAUCAGCAUGAUGGAUCUGAGGUACUGCAGGAUGACAUGCUUUUGGAGGUCACAGAUGGCACAAACCCAGCAGAAUGUGUGCUGUACGUAGAGGUGUUCCCUGUAAACGAUGAGCCACCGGUCCUAAAGGCGGACCUCACCCCCACGAUGCAUUGUUCAGAGGGCGAAGAGGUGGUUAUCACCUCUGAGUACAUUUUUGCUACUGACGUGGACAGUGAUGAUUUGAAACUGACGUUCAUGAUUGUUCGAGAGCCUCGGCACGGGACCGUGAGGAAAGGUGGAGUCACGGUGCAUCAGUUCUUGCAGGGAGAUGUUGUCGCAGGGGACGUGACGUACAAACACACAGGUGGAGAGAUUGGCCUGGUGCCUUGUUUUGACACCAUUACAUUGGUGGUUUCGGACAGAGAAGCUGGCCCUUUUGUGAAUGGCUGUUGCUACAGUGGACCUCACCCACCAGUCCCUCUUCAUGAGUCCUUUCCAGUGUAUGAUCUCAACAUCACAGUGCUUCCAGUGGACAACCAGUCACCUUCAAUUGCAAGAGGCACCAUGUUCACUGUAGAUGAGGCUCUCUCAGCAGCCCUUACCAUUAACCAUUUGUCUGCCACUGACCCUGACACUGCAGCAGAUGACUUGGAGUUUGUUUUGGUUUCUCCUCCCCAGUUUGGCUACCUUGAAAAUACACUCCCUUCUGCAGGUUUUGAAAAAAGCAAUUCAGGCAUCAGCAUAGCUUCGUUUCAGUGGAAAGACAUGAAGACUUUGCACAUUAACUAUGUGCAGUCCAGGCAUCUGAGGAUGGAACCAACAGCCGACCAGUUCACGGUUUACGUCACGGAUGGGAAGCAGCGCUCCUCUGAAAUACCGUUCUACAUCACGAUCAACCCCACAAAUGACGAAGCUCCUGACUUCGUAGUGCAGAAUAUCACUGUGCGUGAGGGUCAGAUGAGAGAGCUGGAUUCUUCCAUCAUCAGUGCUGCUGACCUGGACACUCCCCAGGACCCCUUGCUAUUCAGCAUCACUCAGAGACCACGUCAUGGCCUCCUCAUCAGUGGGGGCUUCAGCAAAGACUUCCCUCAGUAUAAGCAGCCAGCCAACCCCGGUCAGAAGCAUCAACUUGUUUACAACUUUUCCAUGGAACUUCUCAAGAAUGGGAUGAGGUUGGUGUAUGUGCAUGACGACUCAGAGAGUCUCACUGACGACUUUACAAUCCAGCUGUCAGAUGGGAAACAUAGGAUACUUAAAACCAUUUCUGUAGAGGUCACCCCAGUUAAUGAUGAGAAACCAAUGCUGCGCAGGAAGGCUGAAAUUACAGUGAACACAGGCGAAACUCGUAUUAUUUCUAGCGCUGUUCUUUCAGCCAUGGAUGAAGACACACCCAGGGAGAAGAUUUACUAUUUAUUUGAAAGGCUUCCCCAAAGUGGGCAACUUCAGCUUAAGACAGGGAGGAGCUGGGUCCCUCUGGCCCCUGGCAUGAAGUGCACUCAGGAUGAAGUGGAUCUGAACUUGCUGAGAUACACACACACCAGGGCAGGGGAUUCCCAGAACCGAGACAGCUUCACCUUCUACCUCUGGGAUGGUGACAACAGGUCACCUGCGUUUGACUGUCACAUCACCAUCAAGGAUAUGGGAAAAGGUGAUAUUGUCAUCCUUGCAAAACCACUUGUGGUGUCUAAAGGUGACAGAGGUUUCCUGACAACCUCCACUCUCCUUGCUUCGGACGGAACAGACAAGCCUGAGGAACUGCUCUAUGUCAUCACCUCGCCCCCGCGACACGGCCAGGUCGAAUAUGUUCGUUAUCCUGGAGUCCCCAUCACAAGCUUCAGCCAAAUGGACAUCGCAGGACAGACAGUCUGCUACGUACAUAAGAGCACAGCCGCUGUCCACAGAGAUUCAUUCAGAUUCAUCGUCAGCAAUGGACUGCAGACCAGGCCCGGGGCCUUUGAGAUCGCCCUGGAGGCCGUGGACAGAGCCUUACCCGUGCUGACCAGGAACGAGGGGCUGAGGCUGGCCAAAGGGGCCACCGGCCUGCUCUCCCCCGACCUCCUUCAGCUGAGCGACCCUGACUCCCCCGUGGAGAGCCUCGCCUUCGUCGUGGCCCAGCGCCCUCGGCACGGCCAGCUCCAGCUGCGGGGGGCGCUGCUGCUUCAGCACAACUUCACUCAGCGCGACGUGGACAGCGGCCGGGUGGCCUACAGGCACUCGGGAGGGGACGCUCAGACCGACCGCUUUACUUUUGUGGCCACAGACGGGACAAACCGAGGCUUUCUUGCAGAUGGGAGAGUUCGGCAAGAACCUGUUUCAUUCACCAUCCAGGUGGACCAGUUGGACACAGCAGCCCCCUCCAUCACACAUUUGUAUUCCCCUUCUCAAGUGGGGCUCCUGAAAAAUGGCUGUUAUGGGAUUUACAUCACGUCCCGCGUGUUGAAGGCAUCGGACCCUGACACCGAUGACGAUCAGAUCAUCUUUAAGAUUUUACGAGGCCCCCAACACGGACAUCUGGAGAACACCACAACAGGUGAAUUUAUCCAUGAGAAAUUUCGCCAAAAGGACUUAAACAGUAAGACCAUUCUUUACAUCAUAAACCCAUCUUUGGAAGUGAAUUCAGAUACCAUGGAAUUCCAAGUCAUGGACCCCACAGGAAACUCUGCCACUCCUCAAAUUUUGGAACUGAAGUGGUCCCAUAUCGAGUGGUCACGGACCGAAUAUGAGGUCUGCGAGAACGUGGGCUUGUUGCCCCUGGAAAUUACCAGAAGGGGAGAUUCCAUGGACUCGGCCUUUGUGAGUGUAAAGGUCAACCAAGUGUCAGCUACAGUUGGAAAAGAUUUCACCACAACUCCAUCUAAGCUGAUUCAGUUUGACCCAGGAAUGUCAACUAAGAUGUGGAAUAUAGCAAUUACCUGUGACGGAUUAGAGGAAGAUGAUGAGGUCUUUGAAGUAAUUCUGAACUCCCCUGUGAAUGCCGUUCUUGGCACAAAGACAAAAGCUGCAGUGAAAAUUUUGGACUCAAAAGGAGGACAGUGCCAUCCUUCAUAUGCCUUCAACCCAAACAUGCCGCACGCUCAGGAGAAGGGCGUUUGGCGUCCGCUCACCCCGGGGGCUUCCUCACCUGCUUCUGGUUCCUUUCAUCUGGAAGGAAGACCCCUUCCAUCUUCCAAGCGGCCAGCAGUCGCCAGGGGAGACACCCUGCGGGGCUCUGAUUCUUCACAUCUUUCUCCAAUGAAGCUUAGAACCCGAGGGAAUGGCAGAACAGUUCAUCCAUCCUAUGUUUAUAGAAAUGGAACAGACAUCAUCUAUAAUUAUCAUGGAAUGGUUUCCCUGAAACUGGAGGAUGACAGUUCCCCAACUCACAAAAGGAAGGCCAAAGUAUCCAUUACUAGUCAGCCACAGAAGACAAUCAAAGUGUGGGAACGGCCUCAGGCAGAUAAGGAGGAAUCCACAGCCGGCUCACACUUCCCCAGGCAGAACCGGCUGCCCUCAUUUCCAAAAAACUGCACGCUGGAAUUAAAGGGACUCUUCCACUUCGAAGAAAGCCUCCAAAAGCUGUAUACGUGUGAUGGGAUUGCCUGGAAGUCUUGGAGCCCCCACACCAAGGAGGUGGAAGAAAAAUCCUGCCCAGCUGGAUGGCACCAUCAUUCAGGCUACUGUCACUUUGUAAUCAUAGAACAGAAAGUCACCUGGAACACAGCUGAACGAACUUGCAGGGAACGUCACCUGGGCAGCCUUGUGGCUGUGCUCUCCAGGCAGCACAUGCGAUGGCUCUGGGACAUGAGCGGAAGAAAGCCCUUUUGGAUAGGUUUGAAUGACCAAGUGCAUGCUGGCCACUGGGAGUGGAUCGGCGGUGAACCUGUGACCUUCACCAACUGGAGGAAAGGGCCCCCUCUACGUUUAAAGCCUGGCAAGAACUGUGUUCUGGUUCAAAGACAAGGAAAAUGGCAAACCAAGGACUGUAGGAAGGGCAAAUCUCACAAUUACGUGUGUUCCAGGAAACUCUAAAUGGAACUGCCCCUACAGGUGCCCACUUGGAAUUUCUGACCUAUUUAUUUCCAGCAUUUGUGCAUCUUACUCAAGAGAAAACAAGGUGUCAUGACUGACUUGGUACAUUUUUUUGAUCAGAGUGUGUGAGUGAGUCUGUCUGUUUAAAAAAAAUAGAUAAAUAGUUCCCAAAAGAUUGAUAAAUGAGUAUUUCUUAUAGGAAGAGACACAAUUUUUAUAUCUCAAUACCUUUCAAAAUAAAUCCCUGAAGUAUCAUAUGGUACAAGAUUUGAUUAGUCCAGAGACCUCACUCCCUGUUGCAGUCAGCACCGAUUUCAUGGUCCUUAGAUUUCUUUUUGCUCCUAAUACCUCAAAUGAGUCCAUUCUGAAAUCUGAUUUCAGGUGCUUCUGCCACGUCCGUCUGAAUGAAACUAACCCUGCCAGUUCAUUAAAUCAAGGUUGAACUGCAAAGGGUUGCUUUGUGCCUUUGAAGCCCUUUCAAAUGUGAAUCCUGAGAUAAAAGACUGUGGAUAGAAAGGAGAGUUCUCUGUGGUGAAAAAGGAAGGCUGUAGAUGGAAGAACCUUGCAGAUGGAAGCUUGUCUGCAAAGCUCUGGUUCAGGUAAGAAUGCAGGGGCCACCUGGCCUUCAGAGCCCCACCCAUCACUACUCAUGAGCCAGAGCUCCUUUUCCAAUAAGGAUGUUGGCGCUACACCCUUCCAAAGCGAGUGAGUGGGUUUCCCCAGCUUUCCAGAGGCAUGAGAAGUUUCAGGUAACAUGAGCCACUCUUUUCAUUUGUGUUUAUGGUGCUCACCAGCAUUUUUCAAGGACAUUUGGAAUAAAGAGUGUAUAUGAAUGAUGGUUAACAUAUGGAAGAAAAAUAUGGCUUCCUCAGAAGUGUCCCAAUGAACUAUGUCCUGAUGAACAAAGAAAAGUAAUACUGAAAACAGAGCCUUUGAAAGCCUAUAUUCUCAGAAAGGAUUCUGAUACAUUUUUGAGCCCUUAAAUAUUUAAUAUUUGCAGAAAUGCCAUGUUAACCUGAUUCUCUAAUGCAUACUUACCUUAUUAAUUUAUAAUGAAAGCUGAGUGAGACAUUUUUGUAGCAGUGAAGCACAUUGCAGCCUUACAAGAACUCCCUUCUGAAAUUAAGGUUUAAUUACAGGAAAUUAGAAAUUUAUUUCUGAAACAUUUACCCAACAUUUUCCUCUUUUCAUAAUCACUGAAAAAUAUGGUUGUGCCAAAUGUAACUUGCUAUAUGAGCGCCAGUGUAACUUAAGAAUCAAAAUGGAGUUACCAAGCAGACCAGUGUUUUGGUGCAGGUUUUACUAUAUUAAUGCCUUGAAUGAAACUAAAAAGGCCUAAAGAAACUUGGUCCCGUUUUGGAUAUAAAGCAUGACGAGCUUGUUUGAAUUGGUACUCACUUAUCAAGAUUUUGGUUAAUAGAAAUAUUUACGAAGAGAGGCUGGGAUAAGAUUGAGACAUGCCGCCCCUUAUUAAACUGUGACAUCACUGUGGAGUCAGGAGGCUCCUUGAUUAGAUAUCACAAGUAGGUCUGGACUGCUGCGAUACACAGGUCUUCUGUAUGACACCAGCAGCCCCUGGGGUUUAACCGAAAGAUGUAAAACUCAUUCUCUGUAUCAGCUCAAGUCCCUUCUGAUCCACUGGACUCUGCAGUGUGGAAAGGUACAAUGCUGGAUAAAGAAUUGUUGACCUAAAGGGUUAUAUCCUAGGAGGGAAAGUAAAAGUUUAAGGAAUGAGGGAUUCCUAAAACUUUAUUAACUAUUUCAAACUGGAAAUCCAGAACCACAGCAACAAUACAGAACGUGGUCUGCCUGGUAGAUUUUAUUACACAUUUCUGCAAGGACAGUGAUAUUUAAAUGUAAUUGCAAAUGUGAGCACAGAGAGAGAAUGCUUUGAUUUUUAUAGUAACUGGAAACACGAGAAGAAUAUUUAAGGUAUUCCUGAUCAUGAAAACAUUAAUCAAGUUGUAAAAUUCAAGUGAUUGAAAGAAGAAAUAAAAAUUCAGGCACAUUUGGGUGCUGAGCAGUAUUCAUGACCUUCAUCUCCAUCUCAUGAUUGGGCUCUGACCGAGGGGGGAACAGAAAUAAAUGAUUGUCACGGUUCUCUCCACCUGGAGUGGUCACUGUCAUCCUUUACGUUGUGGUAGGAGUGGGAAGGCAGGAAAUGGAGUCCCAGUAGGAUGGGAAUGGGAGGUUAUAGGAAAGGAGAGAAAAGGGAGAGUGGAGAGCAGGGUUGAGCAGAAAGAGAUGGGUUCAUUGGAAGCUAAGAAAGAAAGCGUCAGAAAGAAGGACGUGAAUGCACCCAGCUCUUCUCCCCAAACUUGAAUACCGACUCAGGAAAAGUCCCGUUUAGCCCAGGGGCAUUAACCCGGCUUCACAGUGUGUAGCUUUUCAGAAUCUUGUGACCAGUGGUCUUUAACAAAAUAUAUGCAUGUAUAUAAAUGUAUAUAGAGCAUGUAUUUGCUAAACAUAAACUUAAGAAACAUGAAACAGUUAUUUCGUCUCCUUCCAAGGAGUGGUAAAAAUGAACUAGGUGACAUUUAUUUACAUUUCUGUUUUUGUUUAUUUUUAAGACAGCCGAAGAGAAUAUGCACGUAUUUUCAGUGACACUAUGGUUCUGUGUAAUUUAAACCAUAAACUGGUGCUGAUUAAUUUCUACAACAAAGCAGCAUAGUAAAUGUACUGUAUCUAGUGUUGCAUAAAAAUUAAUAAAUUUAUUUCUAGUUCUGAA